CAGCACUACAAACAAAAAUCGAUGCAUGUCACUGUCACUCGUUGUUGUGUGUUCAAUUAUUUACGGGAUAAGGGCGUUCACUGAAAUGCAGUGUAAUGAAAUCACGCAAAAGUCACAGAUAAAGGAUUCAAGAGAGUGUUCCUCAUGUGUGACAUGGAUUAGAUGUAAAGCAGCAAAUAUGGGAAGCUGAAGUACAGAGAAGAUGACUCUACCAGGGUGAUUUUUAAAGAAAAAAAAAAAGAUCAAAACUGAAACAAAAGUGAAUGUAACAAAUCAUUCCAUGAUUUGCUGAAGAAAAUACACAAACAUGUAUUUAUCAAAUCACAAGUGCCACACAUGUAAAAAGGAAAUCUGUUUAUUUUUUAUAUUCAUUUUACUCCCUUGUAUAUGGAGUCAGCAGCCAUGUUCCAAUAGUGCAUGUUAUCCAGCCUUAGUGAACCUUCUCUCAGGUAUAGCAGAUGGCACAUACUCAAACCGCACUGUAGCUGGGAGAUCCACAUGUGGCAUCCCAACUGCCACCAACUAUACCAAACUUACCAGCACAAAUGACCCCACUGUAUAUGUAUGCAGCUCAGCUGGUAGCUCCUCCCACCCAGCCAACCCUUAUUUAUAUGAUACGCAACAGGUCAACUCUGGAGUGGAAUUAGUUAUCAGUCCUGUUGACUCCACGUACUGGCAGUCUCAAAACUCAGUCUCCGACCCCAACGGAGACCCUGUCCUAGAAUGGAUUGAGAUCAACCUAGGGGAUCGAUUUCUCAUAACAAAGAUCGUGAUGACAUUUGUGAGUCCGCACAUUCCUGCAGGGGAGCUUUCGGAUGCGAGACCCAAAGCCACGGUGAUCGAAGUCAAAGACCAUGCGAACUCGGACAGCUGGAGAACUUGGCGUUACUAUGCCCAGGACUGUAGUAAAUAUGUGUGGUUACACAGCCAGGUCCCAGGGGGGCCGGUACGGACAGGACCCACCAAUCCCAUCUGUUAUCAGGGGUACUACGCAGGGGAUACAAUUACACAGUUACAGGACUCUAACUUACAGGAGGUCAUUUACCAUCCUCUCAGGGACUGGUCAUCCCAGUUCUUCACCUCUGCAUCCCAGAGCCACUACACAGCGUAUUCCAUACGACUCCGGUUUCUAAUUCCCGCAGACUCCACACCCAGUAGCUCGUACUUCGCUGUCAGCAACAUUGAUAUCCGCGGUCAGUGCGCAUGUUUCGGACAUGCUGCAGAAUGCACAGGACCAAAUCAAGCAGAGUGUGUAUGCCAGCACAACACAAUGGGCGUCAACUGUGACCAGUGUCUCCCCCUAUACAACAACAGGUCGUGGCAGGCUGCCGUUGGAGACCAGAUAAAUGCUUGUCAAGAGUGUGGCUGUAAUGCCCAUGCCGAAUCGUGCCAUUAUGACUCAGGAGUGGGGUACGGAAUAUGUGACAACUGUGGCUAUAACAGCACAGGACACAAGUGUGACCAGUGUAUUAGUAACCAUUACAAGGCCAAUGUCUCAGACAUACCUGGAGUGGCUUGGGUUUGUAAAGAAUGUGAUUGCAAUCGAGAUGGGACCCUUGCCAGUAGUGGUUACGUCUGCAACAGCGAGACAGGGCAAUGCUCGUGUAAAGCACAUGUAACGGGACGGACAUGCGACCAGUGUAGGGAUGGGUACUGGAACUUCCAGGCAGCUAACCCUGAUGGAUGUCAGGCCUGUAACUGUGACCCUGUGGGAUCCCUUGGUUCCAUCAAUUUCUGUAACAAAGACACUGGAGUGUGUGUAUGCAAGCAGAACACACAAGGCCAGAGGUGCAGUGAAUGUAAGCCUGGUUUCUUCAAUCUGACUGUGUCCAACCCAAGUGGCUGCCAGUCAUGUGACUGUCUUCCUGGAGCAUCAACAAGUUCUGUCUGUGUUGCCAAUGGCAACUGCUGGUGUAGGAGAUCUCUGAUUGGUCGAGACUGUGGAACGCCCAUCACAGGAUACAAUGUGCCAAAGUUGGACUACUUCUAUUAUGAAGCUGAAUCUGCUCUUUUACCUGCUAGUGCAGUGGUCAAGGAGGCCUCAGGAGGGAAUAUGCCAGGCUCAGACUUCAGUGGCAGAGGCACUGUGGUGCUACAGGUCAACAGUUUAGUGCAGUUUCAGAUACAAGUUCCCAGAACACAGCGCUAUGAUAUACUGCUAAGAUACAAGAGUGAUACCAGUUGGCCGUCUGCUCAAGUGACCUUGACCCCUGUGGGUGGUUCUGCUUAUACAUGUGCAGGGCAGAGUUACAGCUCUGGGCAAGUUCUGCAGUAUGGAGAGGCAAUUAUGUCCACUUCUGGAAGAGUGUUUUUCACAUGUGAUGGCAGACCGGAUGGUAAUCGUUACCCACAUCCGUACAAUUGCCAGCAGUUCUACCAGUGUUCCAAUGGGUUUGCCUUCCUCCAGAACUGCCCAGGGGACCUGGUGUUCACAUCAGAGGGUGGGGGGCUGUGUGUACGGGGUCAAUGCACCGACACUGCUCUCCCGCCCGUUUUGACUCAAACUGUGACCUAUGACACUGGCUGCCUACAGGCUGGUACCACCUACACACUGGCCUUGGCUUUAGGACAAGACAACAGCACACUGAAUGGAAUGACUCUGGAGUUAGAUUUGAUCAUGGUCUUGCCCUUGCUGGAUGAUCUGACCACUUAUCAGACCAGCAGCAAUACCCUGCCUUACAUUGUGUGUAUGGAGGCUGUGAAAAAUCUGGAAUUUCAGCAGCAGCUUGACUCUAACUGUGGGUUGUAUGAAUAUUCUCUCAUGACUGAGCUGUUUAAUGGAGCUAUUGGUUGCUCAUGUAAUCCUACUGGCACUGUACCAGGGACAAACUGUAACACAUAUGGCGGAAAGUGUGUCUGCAAGCCUGGGGUGGGCGGCAGGUCAUGUGACCAGUGCCUGGCCAAUCAUUUUGGCUUUAGCAGUGGUAAUGGAUGCACAGCAUGUGGUUGUGAUGUGUCAGGAUCUGUGACAGAAUCUUGUACUGAGACAGGUGUGUGUACCUGUAAGACUAAUGUCACGGGAACCAAGUGUGACAUGUGCAUUGCUGACCACUAUGGCUUGUACACAGGCAAUGGCUGCCAGAGAUGCCAGUGCCAUCUGGUGUACUCCUUCAACAACUCCUGCAGUGACAGUGGACAGUGCCCUUGUAAACCUGGCGUAGGUGGACUGACCUGUGACCAGUGUCUAGAUGGUUUCUAUGCCCUGUCAGAGGUGGGGUGUAUUCCGUGUAGUUGUAAUGUUGAAGGCAGUGCGGGUGGUAUAUGUAACAAUGGGACAGGUGCCUGUCAGUGUAAACCACUAACCUCGGGGACCAAGUGUGAUACCUGCCAGUUUGGAUCCUAUGGCCUGGGUACGUGGGACACAGACACUGGGUGUAUUCCGUGUUUCUGCUCUGGCCACACUGUCUCCUGCUCCUCAGCCACUGGCUGGUACAAGACCACUGUCAGUGACACCUGGUCUGUAAAUGAUAAUUCUAUCACAGAGGAUGGCUGGGCAGGUGUCAGCCAGACUGGGAACACUGUUCCUACCAACAGGCCAUAUAUAUUUGGUGUACCCUUGCAACGAGCAGUGCAGAUCAUCAACACUGGGAACAACCUUGGUCUCCCCGACAUUUACUUCUCUGCCACGCCCAAAUACCUGGGGGACAAGAGGGGUGCUUACGGCCAGACCUUCUCUGUGGAUCUGUCCUCCUCAACACUGGACUCUCCUGUUAACAGUACCACAGGGGAUGUGGUUCUCACUGGUGCCUAUACUGACUUCGUGCUGGUGACCAAUUUACCCAGCAUGCCUGGUUCAGUUAGGACUUCUUAUCAGGUGGUACUUCACCAGUCUCAUUGGAGAUUAAAUGCCACAAAUGGUCCCCAAGCCUCCCAUCAACAGAUGUUACAGGUGCUCUCUGAUCUCUCUGCCAUAUGGGUCAGAGCUAAGUAUAGCAAUGUUGAUAAUUCCCAUGCCAUAUUGUACUUUGGGGAGUUAGAAUUUGCAGUGAAUACAGUGACACAACUUAAUCCACUAAACAACAUAGAAAACUGCACCUGUCCACAGGGUUAUAUGGGUCAGUUCUGUGAGCAGUGUGCGCCAGGAUACAAACGACAGGUCCCCAAUGGAGGCCCCUUCAUCCAGUGUGUUCCAUGUCAGUGCAACAGUCAUUCCGAACCUAACCAGCCUUGCAACAGCGAGACCGGCACAUGCACAUGUAUACACAGCACGACCGGGCCAACGUGUGACACUUGCUUGCCUGGUUUUUAUGGGGAUGCAGUGGCAGGUUCUCCAGAUGACUGUAGGCCCUGUAUGUGCCCAGGCAAUGUAGUCUCUGGCGACAUAAAUGUGUUCGCUCUGUUAUGUACCCUGGACCAAGAUGGCAGUCCCACCUGUAACGACUGUGUCACUGGCCAUGGUGGAAGGAGGUGUAAUGAGUGUGUCCAAGGGUAUUAUGGACAACCAGAAAAUAUAACGAACAAUAGAGGACAGUGUCGCCCAUGUCAGUGUAAUGGCAGAGCCAGUCUGUGUGACACGGUGACGGGGGACUGUAUCAACUGUGUCAACAAUACCGCUGGGAGGGAGUGUCAAAUAUGUGCCCCUGGGUACUUUGGGAAUGCCAUGGAGGGCACUUGCCAAGCCUGCUCCUGCUCUAACAGCGCGGGAUCUACAGGAGAAUGCGAUCCAGUGACAGGACGCUGCGUCUGUCUGCCCAAUGUGGAGGGGGACAGCUGUGAGCGAUGUGUGACCAACGCCUACAACUACAGCAGUAGUCAGGGCUGUACUCAGUGUAACUGUCAUCCUCAGGGUGCUCUCAGUCCACAGUGUAAUCUGGUAACAGGUCAGUGUGCCUGCAGGAAUAAUGUGGAGGGACAGAGAUGUGACAGGUGUACUGAGACAUUCUACAACAUCAAUGUUGUCACAGGAUGUGAUGUCUGCAAGUGUAACAACCAGGGCACGGCCACAGUGCCUGGUCAGACCUUUGGGACAUGUGACCAAGUGACCGGUCAGUGCACCUGCUCCAGUCCCUCCAUCACUGGACGCCAGUGUGACCAGUGUGCUGCGGGAACCAGUGUUGAAUACAACUAUGUCAGUGGAGUCACUGUUGGCACAUUUCCUGCCUGUCCUCUCUGUGGCAAUUGCUUUGAUACUUGGGCCAAGAAGAUAGAUGCCAUUGGAGCCGCUUUCUCAGAACAAUAUGCUAUAGUCCUCAAUAUAUGGAGACAUUAUGACAACUUGACCUCAGCUCACUAUGCCUCAGUGCUGCAAUCUCUGGAACAGAACAUCACUGGGACCCAAGGCUCCAUCACCAGAGUACAGGAGAUGAGUGCCAGGCUACAGUACCUCACCCAGGGGUUCCAGCAGAUUACCACAGAGGUGGAGCAGUUAACAAGUAUUCUGCAGACUAUUGAAGCUGAUAAGGCACUUAUACAACAGUCAGUGGAGAUGACAAGACAGUUCACAGGAAUAGUGGAGGUGGAGCCAGGUGUGUUCAGAAAUGCCAGUGAUCUUCAACUGGCCUUGAACUUAGCCAGGACAAGCCACAGUCAGAGUCUGGUGGCUGGCAACACAUCAUUCACACUGAUACAGAAUCUGACGCAGACAAUCAUGGUCACUAAUGCCACAAUGAAGCUGCUAGUGGACAGGGUCAGCAGAGAGAUGACCACUCUGAAUGCAGCUAUGCAAGAUAGGCUGGCAUCUGAUAGUAUACUGAGUGGGACAAUAAAAUCGGACUAUCAGAGCCUGUCCCAGAUUUUUAGCACACUCAACAAUGAUCUUGCACAGGUGCAGCAGAGAGUGGCAUCCUUACAGAGUGUCAUAGCCACUGCCUCUGCUACAGUUACUUCAGCCAAUCAGACAGCAACACAGGCCAUUUCCAUAGCAACAAGAAAUCAAGGUCAAGUCCAGGUCAAAGUGACAGAAAGUCAGGUGACCAAGUUCAAUGCUACGCAGUCCCAGAGGGCAGCACUGACAGCCCAAAGUGCAGCACUUAGUUACAGGGACUUGGCUGUCAGCAGCCGAGAGAAUAUCACCAAGGCUCUUCAGAAGAGCAAGUCUGCAAUUUCUGACCUCCAGAAUGUGAAGGACAAGACAGCUCAAGCUAACAGUCUCGCCAGUGAUGCUCUCAAUAUAAACCUGAGAACUCUAAAUGAAAUCAAGGCUAUCACUGGAGAGAUCAACAACACCCAGGUGUCCCAGGCCAGUGUGUCCUCCACAUUUAACAGUGCCACAGAAGCACUGAGGCUGGCGCAGGAGGCACUGAAUAUCACACAGACAGCUGUUGAGGAAUCUCAUAUGGCUCUGGAACAAGUGCGUACUAUCCAGGGAAACUUAGAGCAGGCCGCUCUCCUUCAGAACCAUACCCAGGUGCUGAUGAACAGGUCUGAUGACCACAUCAACACAGUGAACAGGGUCAGCGCACAGGUGUCAGCCAAAGCUUCCAGUGCCUCCAGCCAAGCCAUCGGCACAUCCCAGGCACUGAGCCGUGUGUUUAAUGUGAUCACGUCCACAGAGCAGUGCUUUGUGUCAGCCACUCGUGCUGCGCAGGCGGCUAACACACAGGCUGGAGGUGCCUUCAUUAUGGCACAGUCUGCACACCAGGUAAAUCAAGCCAACCAAGCCAGGCUUCAGAAUCUCACCACAUCAGGCCAGUCUCGCUCUACGGCCACUACGGCUGCCCAGAGUGAACUGGGGACCGUAAGGGAGGAUAUGUCCCAACUCCAGACAGACUUUAGCUCCAUAGAGAGCAGUUUACAGAAUGACCCACUUAUCAGAAGCGUGGCAGCUCUUCUUGAUGAAUAUGGACUCCAAAGACAGGAGAUGCAGCAGCUAGAGGCAGAGAUUAACACUAUGGAGACAGAACUGGACACCUUGCUGCAAGACUUGGAGGGGGUGGACCCUGCCGCUGAAAACUGUAAUGUUAACUGAGAAGUUGUGCCUCAGGUUGAAUAUAGUAAAAAGAAAUAGUAUAAUUUGUUUGCUCUGUUAUAAAUAUUAUUAUUAUUAUUAUUAUAAUCAACAUAACAGCAAUUACAAGUGUACUUGCUUCUGAAUAGUGCUACAUGUACCUAGAAUAUUUUUGUGUCUAACCAGACACUUGCUAGGGGGCUAGUUUAUUUUUAUUAAAACGCACCCUUCGUGGUUGCAUUUAUUUCCUUCUAAUCUGUGCCACCAUAGAUUUGGUAGAAGAUAGAGAAAGUGUUUUGAAAAUACCAGAGGCAUAAGUCACUGGUUGUAUGGUUUAGGAUAAUGCAGCUGAUGAUUAAGGAAUCAUUUAAUGACAAACCAUGUAGAUAUUAUGAAUGGUUCAAAUGACAGAUGUUUAGCUAAUAUUGUAGCUUGAAGGUAGGAAGCAUCCUCUUCUUGUUCAUAAUAUACCUACAUAAUAAAGCAGGCACAAGGUAGCUUAAUGGUAGUAAUAUGGUAGAAGAAUGUAUGGAUAUAUUUUUCAUGAAGUUUUAAUAUUUAUAUUUGAGGAAGAUGAUUUAUCCAAAAGACAGUUCUUAUUACAUUAUUGUUGCAUUUGAACUCUUUUCUUUAAAGAUCUGCAGAUUAGAAUUUAUUUACUCAUACCAUUUUAAGAAAACUUUUAAUAACUGUGAGAAUCUCCUUAAGAUUUGGAAAAGGGUAUUGAUAGCCAAAUAAAGUGGUUCUAAGACUCAUGCUUUUAUUUUCUGUAAAAAAAAUGGUUGUUUAAAAUAAUACUUUUGGGUUGAGUAACAGGGUAUUUGACGUCCAACAUAAGGGUAUUCUGCAUUUGUGAAUUUUAGAUGACAUUAGUAGCAAAUAUAAGGAAAGGGAGAAGAGUUCACACAAUAUGCAAAAUGUCAACAUUCCAUAUCAUAAACUCGUUAAAUGCAACCAGUGAUAUUGACCUAUUCAUGAUAUUCAUAAUGAUCCAUAAAGGAGAAUACAUUGAUAUUUAUUCUGAUCUUUUAUUGUUAUUUGAUUUUAAUCAAUGCUUUUUGUUUGUGGACUUUGUACAAAGGUUUAUAGUUAUAUACUCAAGAGAAACAUGGGCAAUCAUUAGUUUUUUCUAUAUAGAUUCUUAUUGUAUAAAGUUUUACCAUGAUAUCCCAGUUACAAAAUAAUGAAAGAGAAAGUUUUAACAUAGAUACCUGUAACUAGUGAUUAUGAAAAAAAAAGGAAAAAGAUGCAAACUGAUGGACUAAGUUAGGUUUGAAUUGUGUCAAAAAAAAUCAUCAUUAUAGGGAUCAUAGCCCAAAGAUUAGCUAAAGAUGUUGAGAAUGAUCUAGUCAUAAUAAUUAAAAAGUUUAUUUAAAUUUAUAUGGGUUAUUCUGAAACUGUAUGAAGUCUUCAAGUUAAAUGGUCCCAAUGUUUAUUUUAAUCAGUAAAAAUUAGAUGUUUAUGAGAAUAGGAGAGGUGUCCUCAUUUAAAAAUUCGAUUAUUUUUAUAAUUUAGAAACGCUCAUAUGUAUCAUAUCUGAAGUUAUCUGACAAGGGAUUGAUCAAUGAUGCAUCUUGAGUUUGUUAUGCAGGUUGUUUCUGUGUUUGGUUUAAGUUUGUUAGACUUGGUGUUUGUUAAUUAUACAAAGUACUUUGAUGUGAGUAUCUCAUUACUGAGUUAUUUAGAAUAACACUAUAAAAUGUUGAUAUGAAAUAUCACACUUUAAAAUGAUUUUGUGUCAUUUUUAGAAUGUUUAGAUCUGUUAUUUUUACUUUAAUUGUUUAGGUAUCUUUAAGAAUUUUUGUUUUAAGAUUUGGAAUUAAAUCUUCAUAAGAAGAGAUAUUGGUAUAAGGGAGGUACAUUGGAUAUUAACAGUCAAAUGCAACAACUUUUUUUUUACUUUUGAUACACAUUUUGCAUAGGUGGUAUAUACUAGAUUAUUAGAGACAAUGGUUUUUAUAUAUAAAAACUGCAGUCUAGGUUUUGGACUUGUACUUUAUUUAUGGUCUGCUUUUUCUUUUGUGUGAAUUCUUAUGACUGUUUUUUACAUAUAUGUAGAUAUCCCAAUACCUUAUAUAUAACAUAUUUUGUGUGAUUUUGGAAAUUUUCAUUUAAGGUUCAUGUUAUCUAAUAAUCAAACUAGAUUAUGGCAAAUUUUGGUGAUUGAAAUAUGAGUUAAAGGUUGUGAGUAACUUCUUAUAAAUCUACAUUUAUCACAGAUAUUCUAUAUAUUUAUGUAUACAAGAACAAUAAAUUCCGUCCAGAAAUGGUGGCCAUUACUUUUUGCUUUAGAACUAUUAACUAUGAAUUAAUUAUGUAUAUCUGUUCAAGCUCAAGGAAGUGCAAGUAAAGAUUAUUUGAA